CCUUAAAGUUUACGCAGAAUCGGGGGCCAUCCCAUCGUUGUCGCGACAGAAGCCCGAUCAACUCUUGCAUAUCUGGAAAACGCAGAAAAGGCAAAAGGGUGACUUAUCGUAUUCGCAUUCGCAAAUCCACCCUCUCUCUCUCUCUCUCCCUGUAUGGAUCAUAUAUAAAUUUUCUUACCCCACCGUCUUCAUCUGCCCGUCGCUCCGUUUUCUCAGAAAUUUUUCGCUUUGCAGCGACUUUUCCGGGAAAAGGCCGAUUCGCCGAUUGUUUACUAUGUAUAUCACGGAGAAAUCUCUCUUUGCCUCGUUCCCCACGCCCUUCCGUGCGUUCGGGAAGCGUUCUUCGCCGACUAGCUUCGAUCUCGUCGCUCGCUCCUUCGAUGAUAGCGUGCUUCGUGGUCUCAAGGCCUUGAAUCCGCCUGCCUCCAACACGCCGUUGAUCGGCCUGUCUUGGCUAUCGUCGGCCGUUGACUUCCUCGCUUCCGUCCACGUCGAAGCGCGGGACGUUCUUGCCAACCUUAGCUCGUCCGACGACACGAUCAAGUUGUACUUGGACGGCUCCGUUAAGGUAUUGGACCUCUGCAACUUCGUUUCCGCCGAGAUCGAGCGGUUGAGGCAGCGUCGCCUUCUGAUCAAUUUCGCACUUCUCCUCCUCGAUGACGAAAAAAGGUCGCCUGAAAAGCUCCGGAGAGCUGUGAACUCGCUCUCCGACGAACCGAAAACCGGUACUCGUCAGAAGAACGUCGAUCCGAACGGUCUGGUGCGCGAUCUGGCCGAUCGCUUCCUAAGUCCACUGCCAAGUGGCCGGAUCUCGAACGCCGAGGAGCUGGCCCGGCGCACCUUGUACGCCGUCGGAGUGGUGACGGUUUUCGUCUUCGGCGCGGUGGUUUCCGCUUUGAGCGGCGGAGGUUCGGCCAAGAUUGACGUCUCGGCGACCGGUUUCCCCUGGGCUGACUCGCUGAGUCAACUCCGAUCCGCGAUUUUGAACCGGCGAGUUCUGGAGGAGAUUGGUGACGUGGAAACGCGGGCGGGGCGAGCGCGUGAUACGGUAAACGAUGUCGGCCAAGGAAACGAAGCGAGCCACGCCAAGUUGGGAAACGCCGUUAAGGAGCUGAGGGCGGCAUCCGAGAGGUUGACGGAGGGCCUCGACCGUUUGGCUAACGGCGUCAACGGCGUGUUCCGCUUGGUUUUGGGCACGAGAGACGGCAUUUUAGAUGCGCAUAGAAAAAGGCACGAAGGUGAUUAUGAGAAAAAACAAAAGAAAUGAAACGACAUGGAAUCGAAGAAAAGUUAUCCAUUUGCUUGUUUUCUUAUACGUGUGGAAAAUGGAGAAAUAAAACGAAAAUUCAUAAA